UUCCGCAUCGGUUAUCUACAGUAAACAAAUGAUAAUGUGUCUGUGUCUGCUAUAAAAACCAUGCUCCCAUGUUCCUCCUCAAGAGAUUUCCUGAGUUUCCCUUUGGUUCACACCUUCAACAUGCUGACGCUAAAGCUAAGCGGGAUCCUUUUGCUGCUGAUCCUGUGCCAACAUGGUUUACCCUCUGCAGGACUAGAAGCAUUUGUGAUCUGUGAAGGAGAAAGUUGGACCCUCAGAUGUAGUCAGGGAUCAAUAAGGGUUGUUGAUGCCACCUACGGACGGAGCAAUAGCAAAACAUGUUCUGAGGGGCUUCCACCUUCCUCGACCUCAAAUACGAACUGCAGAGCACCAGUCACCCAUAUAGUUUCAUUUCGGUGCGAUGGACAAACGAGUUGUGUUGUUCCUGCAUCAAACUCACUUUUCCCUGAUCCUUGUCCUGGAACUCAUAAAUACCUGGUUGCGACUUAUGAAUGUGAGACACGAAGUGCAUCGCAAAACCAUCUUGUCAACUAAGUGCUUCAAACCCUGAUCCAUGUCAGCUGUCAAUAUCUGGAAGUGACUUACAGCUGUAAAUAAUAUUAUUUUUGCAGCCGUAUUUUAUGUUUUGUGUGUUAUAUAUGAAA